GUUAACAAAAAUCAUCAACGAAUCAGCAAGACAGCAACAUCGCUCCCUGCACUCCAUCCGCCUGUGCCGACUACCCAACAAUGCUGGCGCGAAGGAAAUCCGGCUGAAUUGAUUGCUAGGGUUUACCGUCAUCUUCAACGAGCCGAGGCUUCAAUUUUCCAGCCCCAAAACCUCCUCCUGCCUUCUUGGACUGGCCCAUUCCAUUUGCUACCUCUAGCACAGUGUAGAGCUUCUGAACAGCGAGCUGUCACCGGAAAUGAGGAGAGGCGCGAACGCCAUAGCUCUAUGUCGGAGGGGCCUCAGAUCAUACUGCACGGAAAACAUCGAUGGAUUACAGAGCUCUAAACUUAAAAUCUUCGAUCGCCAGCUUAAACGCAAACAGCGUGAUAGAGCGGCAUGGUUGAUGCGCCCCAAUGAUUCCUUGCUUGAUACUGUUUCCGAGAAUUUGCUUGAUCGUUUGGAGGACUGCAAAAAAGCAUUUCCUACGGCAUUGUGUAUGGGAGGCUCCCAUGAAGCAGUUAGGCGCUUGUUACGCGGGCGUGGCGGUAUUGAAAAACUAAUUAUGAUGGAUUCAUCAUCCGACAUGAUCAAAGUAUGUAAAGAUGCUCAGCAAGAUAACCCCAAUGAGAAUGUUGAAACAUCAUUUAUUGUUGGUGAUGAAGAGUUUUUGCCUAUCAAAGAAAGUUCCUUGGAUCUCGUCAUUAGUAGCUUGGGACUACAUUGGACAAAUGAUCUUCCUGGAGCUAUGAUCCAGUGUAGAUUGGCACUGAAGCCCGAUGGUCUAUUCUUGGCAGCAAUUCUUGGUGGAGAAACAUUAAAGGAGCUGAGAAUAGCAUGCACUGUAGCUCAAAUGGAACGCGAAGGAGGCAUUAGUCCACGGAUGUCACCUUUGGCACAUGUGCGGGAUGCUGGAAAUCUUUUGACCAGGGCAGGCUUCACUCUUCCUGGUGUAGAUGUUGAUGAAUAUAUUGUCAGAUAUAAGAGUGCUUUGGAGCUGAUAGAGCAUCUUCGUGCUAUGGGUGAAACUAAUGCCCUCUUACAAAGAAGCAAUAUCUUGAAGAGGGACACAGCUAUUGCUACAGCAGCCAUUUACGAAUCGAUGUUUGCUGCAGAUGAUGGCACCAUUCCAGCAACAUUCCAGGUCAUAUACAUGACUGGGUGGAGGGAGCAUCCUUCUCAACAGCAGGCCAAGUGUAGAGGCUCUGCCACAGUAUCCUUUCAGGACAUUCAGAAGCAGUUUGGUGGCAAUAGUAACACUUGAAGUGUUGAACCAUCCACACUUGGAAGUGUCUUACCAUACCUGUAUUCAGUUGUUCCCUAAUAAGAUCCUGAUGAACUUGUGCUUUAAUCUAAUGUUUAGUCACAGUCCAAUGUUGGAUAGUGGAAAUUUGGGAUUUAUGUUGUGUGGACCUCUGUAGAUUCUGAUAGGUGCACAAUUAAAUCAUAUUUCUUUACUGAUUUCCGUAUCACAUGAACAAUAUAAAGUAUAAACCCCUUUCAAACUCCUUUUGAUAAA